AUGGUCCCAAUCCAGGACGGAGGUGUGUUCGGCGUUUCUCUAAAUUCUCUGCUGGAAAGCGACAGAAAGAAGAUUCCGGGCAUUAGAGUUCCGGUCGUCUUCCAGAAGCUGUUGUGUAUCUUGAAGCAGUCCGGUCUCCACACUGAAGGGAUCCUCAGAGUUUCAGGAUCAGCGGCUCGGCUCAAGUACCUGCGCCGGGAGUUGGACAGCUGUUUGGGGACGUUUGACUGGUCUGCUGUGAGACAGGUGGACGCUUCAGGUCUGCUGAAGCUUUUCAUCAGAGAGCUGCCAGAGCCUCUGCUGACACACACACACCUGUCCACCUACCUGUCCCUGCAAGGACUCUCGUCUGAACUUCAUCAGAUUCAAGCGCUGCAGCUUCUGACUCUGCUGCUGCCUGAAAGCCACAGAGACACUCUGAGGGACCUGCUGGUCUUGCUCCGUCAGGUGGUCUCUCACCAGGACCACAACCGAAUGUCACUGUGGAACGUUUCCAUGGUGAUGGCUCCCAACCUGUUCCUGUCCAGUCACCGUGGCAACAAGAAGUCUUCCCUGAAGCAGAGAGAAGAGAUGGAAGUGGCUGUGAGCGGAGCUAACCUCCUGCGGCUCAUGAUCUCCUACCAGGACAUCCUGUGGACGGUCCCCACAUUUCUGCUGUCUCAGGUGAGACAGAUGAACCAGGUAUCCAGUCAAAAGAAGCUCAGCCUGAAUAAGACCAAGAGACGUCUCCUGGGGAAGUGGAACAACAAGAACCACCAGGACCAGGUCACAGAGUUGUGUGAGGGUGUAAUCAGAGUCCACGCUCCGAGACACAGUAAGGUUUCCAUGGCGAUACAGCUGGAUGAACUGAUGACAGCCAGGGACAUCACCACGCGCUUUGAGAGUAAUGACAGUUUGGUCCAGCAUCUGUACGAAGUUGGAGGGAACAUCUGUGAGCGGCGGCUGCGUCCAGACUGCAUCUUAUUGGACGUUUAUAAAGUGAAUCCUCACUGUGAUUGGCUGGUCAAGCCGUGA